AUGGAGGUCGCAUCUGCCGUCCGUCUGCCCUCACCGGAGCCCGAGCUCGACGCCAAAGAGGUUCCGCGCAAACGCGAGCGCUCCCCAUACGAUGGACCGAGUGCUGGGCCAUCAAAGCGAAGCAGGAGGGAUGAAGAGGAGGAUGACCGUCGUAAUGGCGGUAUUGGCCGUCGCCCGCCGCCAAAGCCUACGACCAACGACCUUCCGGAUGACGACUCGCGCUUGAAGCUUUUCCAGAAUGCCUUCAGCGCGAACCGUAAGCUGCCCGUUGACGACUCAAAGACACGUGCUGGAGGCGCGUAUAUCCCGCCUGCGCGCCUGCGCGAGAUGCAGAAGUCGAUUACGGAUAAGAGCAGCCCUGAGUUUCAGCGCAUGGCUUGGGAGGCGCUCAAGAAGUCGAUCCAGGGUUUGAUCAACAAGACGAAUACUGCGAAUAUCAAGAUGAUUGUACCGGAGCUGUUCUCGGAGAACCUGGUGCGCGGACGUGGGCUGUUCUGCAGAGCUAUCAUGAAGGCGCAAGCGGCGAGUUUGCCUUUCACGCCCAUCUACGCAGCUAUGGUGUCUAUUGUCAACACGAAACUGCCUCAAGUUGGCGAUCUGCUGGUUCGGCGCCUGAUUGUGCAGUUCAGGAAGGGCUUCAGGAGGAACGACAAGGCCGUGGCGCUAUCGAGUACCAUGUUCCUCUCUCACCUCGUCAACACGCAAGUCGUCCACGAGAUCUUGAUCGCCGAGAUCCUGCUCCUCUUGCUCAACAAGCCCUCCGACGACUCUGUUGAGAUCGCCGUCGGUAUCAUGAAAGAGGUCGGCGCUUUCCUCGACGAGAUGAAGCCUGCGAUCGCGAAUGCCAUCUUCGACCAGAUGCGCAACAUCCUCCACGAAGCCGACAUCGACAAGCGCACACAAUACAUGAUUGAGGUUCUUUUCGAGGUCCGACGCACAAAGUACAAGGACAACCCCGUUAUCAGGGAGGACUUGGACCUGGUAGAGGAGGAGGAUCAGAUCACCCACAACCACACGCUUGAGGGUGAUCUGAAAGUUGAGGAUGGUCUCAACCUCUUCAAGGUCGAUCCUGACUACGAAGCGCACGAGGCAGAGUACACGAAGAUCAAGGCGGAGAUUCUAGGUGAAGAGGAGGGUAGCGACGAUGAUGGAUACACAGAUGCGUCAUCUGAGGAUGAAGAGGACGAGGAAGUGAAGGCCAUGGACGUCAAAGAUCAGACCAACGCGGAUCUCGUUAACCUGCGAAGAACGAUCUAUUUGACCAUCAAGAGCAGCGGUGGCUUUGAGGAGUGCGUGCACAAACUCAUGCGCAUCAACCUGCCACAUGGCUUGGAAAACGAGCUCACCACGAUGAUCGUCGAGUGCGCCAGUCAGGAGCGCACAUACGAGAAGUUCUACGGCAUGAUUGGAGAGCGCUUCUGCAAGCUGAACAGAAUGUGGACCGACCUUUUUGAGGAAGCAUUCGCGCACUACUACGAGACUAUACACCGCUUCGAAACGAACCGCCUUCGUAUCAUCGCGCAGUUUUUCGCGCAUCUGCUAGCAUCCGACGGUAUCGGCUGGCACGUCUUCCAGGUGGUCAAGAUGACGGAAGAAGACACAACCUCUAGUUCGCGUAUCUUCGUCAAGAUCUUGUUCGAAGAGCUGCUAGCUUCUCUCGGGCAGAAAGUCGUUGUGGAGCGCUUCAAGGACCCCAUGCUACAAGACAGCCUUACUGGACUCUUCCCCACCGAUGCCGACGACCAGAGCAAGACCCGCUUCUCCAUCAACUACUUCACUGCGAUCGGUAUGGGUGUGCUUACUGAAGGCAUGCGCGACUGGCUCAAGAACGCUGCGCCCAAGCCGAAACCGCUGCCCGAACCAGAGAGCGACUCCGACGACGACCGCAGCUUCGAGCAGCUACUCACGCUCCCGAAGCCCAGUCCGCAGAAGGCGCGACUCAAGAUCCAGGUCCAGAUCCGACUCUAG